AAAUUAACGAAUGUGGUGUAAAAUUAUGUAAGUAUGAUCAACUACGAUUACUCAUUCAAGGUGUUGUUGAUCGGCGACUCUGGUGUGGGAAAGAGCAGUCUUUUGCUCAGCUUCAUAUCCAACUGCCACCCCUUUUCUCAAGAUCUCUCUCCAACUAUUGGAGUGGACUUCAAGAUAAAGCUGUUAACUACUGCUGGAAAAACACUCAAACUCACAAUUUGGGACACAGCUGGGCAGGAAAGAUUCGGUACAUUGACAAGUUCGUAUUACAGAGGAGCACAUGGAAUCAUCCUCGUUUACGAUGUAACAAGAAGAGAAACCUUUACAAAUCUAUCCAAUACAUGGACGAAAGAACUCCAGCGUUACUCCACAGAUCCCGAUUGUGUCAAGAUACUAGUCGGAAAUAAAGUCGAUAGGGAUAGUGAGAGAGCUGUUAGUAGGGAGGAAGGAAUCGCUCUGGCGCGAGAGCACAAGUGUUUGUUUUUCGAAUGUAGCGCCAAAACUCAGGCAAACGUAAAGCAAUGUUUUAAAGAACUCACCGUUAAGAUAAUGGAGGUACCGAGUCUGCUGGAGAAAGGUUCGAUGCCUGUAAAAAAUCAAAUUUCAAAGCGAAAACAAGUUUACGAGGCGCAUCGUAAAGACAGCUGUUGUUCAUAGUCGAAGAACCGACUGAUGAAUUUUUGCUUUUUCGAGUUUUUAUUACAUGUAUGUAUUCUUUUGAAUCUUGUACACAUCUUUUUGAUCAUGUAAAUUUGCAGUUCUGUAAGUAACACAAGUAAAUCAAGGGGGAAAUAGACCACAGUUACAUAUAAAA